UAAAAACGGAAAAAAAUAUUACAAAAAAAAUUGUCAAAUUCCUUAAAAUCAAAUCAAAAACGUUAGGCAAAAAAUGAAUUUUCCUAAGAGAUUUAAAGAAUUUUUUGCCGCUACGGUUGCAGCAGCAACGCCAAUCAAAGACACAACCGAUGAUGAGGAUGUGAUAUCCAAUAUGAUUGAUCCCCAGGAGGAAUUGCGAGAAAAAUGUGCACUAACACAUCGUAUAACACUUCUGUACGAAAAACUAAUGGAAUGCAAUGACCGGGUGAAUAGCAAAAGCAAGACAAUGGAGACGUGCGAAGAGCAACUUUUCGACUACAUUCAUGCUAUAGAUCAUUGUGCGGCAAACGCUUUAUUCUCUAGAUUGAAGUAAAUAUUGCCAAAUAUGAUUUAUAUGAACGAUAUACGUGUAAAUAAAAGCAAAACUGGCACUUCGCUGAGUUAUAAUAAAAAGUGAUUUUUUAUACCCGCCACCGAAGGAUGGGAGUAUAUUCACUA